AUGAUUAUAGAUUUGGUUUACGAGGGGGCUCUUAAGAAGCUAACCGAACUCGGUAAAAUCGUAGAUGUUUCAAAUGAGCUUAAGAAAAAGGUUACAAACGCUGACAGGGUUAUGUAUGUGUACAAAAUUUUUGAAGAAUAUAAUUUCUUUCCAAGCACUUUAGAAGUCAUGAAAAGUGUGGAUGUAUCUGGGUAUUACCGUAACCAAGGUAACAAGUGCUAUACAAAGAAAAAUUUUUAUAGAGCAUUGCAAUAUUAUAAUCUGUCACUUCUGCAUGCUCCCUUUAAUUCUGAAAACUACUUAUUAUCAUUAUCCAAUAGGUCGGCAGUUUUCUAUGAACUGCAAAAAUAUGAUGAGUGCAUACAGGACAUAGAUCUGUGUUCUGUGUUGCAAUGUUCUGAAAAACUCAGAGAAAAGUUAGGAAACCGAAAAGAUUUGUGUCUGAAAUUUUUAAAGAAUGAAACCACAAAAGAUCCAGAUGAUCUGGAGGCUUUAGACAUUUUAUCUAUGAAAGCUGAUCAUGAUAAGCAGUAUGUGAGUGCAAGCUCAAAACUGCAGGUCGUAUGUUCUAAAGACAUGGGUAGACAUGUGAUUGCCAAAGAGGAUAUUAAUGUAGGUGAGGUUUUAGCUGACGAAGAGCCCUAUGUUUCUUUAAUACUCCAAACACAUUUGCUCUUUGCAUGCAACCACUGUUUUUCAAGAAAACCUAAUCUCGUGCCAUGUGAACACUGUUGCUUCGCUUUAUACUGCAGUAAGCAAUGUGCCACAAAUGCUUGGAAUGAAUACCAUUCUGUAGAAUGUGUCUUAUUGCCAACAUUGCUAGAUAUGAGUUUUACUAAACUUGAACUCUUAGCCUUCCGAAUUGUUAUCAAAGCAAGAAAUGAUCACACCGACUGGAAAAGUUUCUUCCAAACAAUUAUGGAUGCGGAGUCCAAGGUAGGCACCGAUCUGCAUGGACAUGUUAAAGUGGGUGAAAACUGGAUAUAUGAUUCCAAAUACUAUGUAUCUAUUCAUACUUUAGCUACGAACAUAGAUAAAAGAAGUGUCUCAGAUAUAUUUCAGAAAGCAGUUACAGCAGCAGUUUUACUAAAAUUUCUACUUGACAAGACUACUUUUAUGGAUGCAGAUAAUGAUGAUCAGAAAACUGAGGUAAUUCAGUGUGUGGCUGGAUUGCUUUUGCUUCAUAUAAUGACAAGUCCCACAAAUAUGCAUGGCAUAAGUACAAACACAGAUUUACAUGGUGAUGGGAAAUAUGUUAGUAAAUUGGACAUUGGGAGUGCGCCUUUUGCUUUUCACAGCCUUAUAAAUCAUUCUUGUGCACCGAAUGUUGUCCGAUUUUGUGAACUGGAUACAAGUAAAAUGAAAUUGUUUGCCUUAAGACCUAUUAAGAAGGGAAUGCAACUGUUUGACAAUUAUGGGUCACACCAUGCUUUAGAAGGGUGUAGAGAGCGACGUGCGUCGUUGCAUUUUCAAUACAAAUUUAUUUGCACGUGUGAAGCAUGCCAAAGGGACUGGCCAACGUAUUUGACUAUGCGUCCAAAAAGAAUAUCCCAUAAAAUCGCCCGAGCCAAAAGCAAAUACUUAAAUGCAGACAUUAUUGAAAAACUACAGGUCGGUGAUAGGGACACUGCUAUAAAAAUCUACAAUAAACUUUGCAAUUUGUGCGAGGAAUUAGAGAGUUAUGUCCCUUGUAUAGAGUUAUGUGAAAGUCAAGAAGCUCUGAAGCAGUGUUUGGCAAUUUUCUGCGGUUCAUUACCGCAUGGUUAUAAUGAAACAGUUGAUUGGAAAGUGCAGUUAAAUGCUUAA